AUGAUGACCAGGGCACCACUGCUUAUCACAGUAGCCUGCUGCCUUCUUGUCGUAACCCAGGCCACGCUCAUCCGUCGCUGUGAUUUGGCCAAGGUGCUGCACGAGCAGGAUUUGGAAGGAUUUGAGGGUUACUCCUUGAGUGAGUGGAUUUGCCUGGCUUUUGCGGAAAGCAAGUUCAACAUAUCAAAGGUAAAUGAAAACGUAGAUGGCAGCAGAGACUAUGGCAUCUUCCAGAUCAACAGCCACUACUGGUGCAAUGAUUACCAGAGUCACUCCGAAAACUAUUGCCACGUGGAUUGUGAAGAUCUGCUGGAACCCAACCUUCUCUCGAGCAUCAGCUGUGCAAAAAAGAUGGUGUCUGGAGCAAGAGGGAUGAGGAACUGGUUAAACUGGAGGUUGUUCUGUGCCGGCCGGCCUCUCUCCUACUGGAUGACCGGGUGCCAUCUGCAUUGA